AAUGUACUGUAUAUUUUCAGGGCUGCGUCACAUGACCGGCCGGGGUUAUGAAUAGCUGAGUAUAAUGAUUUCUUCGUGAAUGUUAGGAAAAAACACACACACACUCACAACCGAGGCGAAGGGAGAGACGGACCCACACGCGCCCGGGGACGGACGGACGGACGGACGCAGCCAGUUGGGAAAGUUUCCUCCACUCCAGGUGUGAACCCCACCCGUGGCUCCCAGCCAGGAAGGCCCAGCGGAUGCCCCGGAUUCUCCGACGACAAGAGGAAGGAACGCCGGCAGUGUGUCGGGAGGGGUUAAUCCUGGUGGAGGACACCCCAACUCCACUGCCCGCUGUGUCUUUCAAGGGAGAUGCCUGGGAGCCAUGGCGUGCUCGCCGUGGGGGGCGACUGAUGCCACCAGGAUCCUCGACUGGUGCUGAAAACGGGUCGGUGCUGGGCAUCGCUCCAUAGCAGACGGACGACCCCCUGCUGGCCCUCCCCCGCCAUGGCAGCAAACAAGGAGAGGGUCUGCCCCAGUGGGACCCCGCUGGGCCACAUGAAUGGGUUCCCCCCCACCGUUUACCCCUUCGCCUUCUCCAGCAGCAUCCGGGGCUCACCCCCUUUUGAGGUGCUCACCAGUGCAGGCUACUUCCGGGGCUUCCCCACCGACCUGCCCAAGGAAAUGGCGUCUCUGUCCGUGGAGACCCAGAGCACGAGUUCGGAGGAGAUGGUGCCCAGCUCACCCUCACCACCCCCGCCCCCCCGCGUCUACAAGCCCUGCUUUGUCUGCAACGAUAAGUCCUCUGGCUACCACUAUGGCGUCAGCUCCUGCGAAGGCUGCAAGGGAUUCUUUCGCCGAAGCAUCCAGAAAAACAUGGUGUACACCUGCCACCGCGACAAGAACUGCCAGAUCAACAAGGUGACCCGCAACCGCUGCCAGUAUUGUCGGCUCCAGAAGUGCUUUGAGGUUGGCAUGUCCAAAGAAGCUGUGCGGAACGACAGGAACAAGAAGAAGAAGGACGUGAAGGAGGAGGUGGUGGUGGACAGCUACGAAAUGACUCCCGAGCUGGAGGAAUUGAUCCAGAAAGUCAGCAAGGCCCACCAGGAGACCUUCCCCUCGCUGUGCCAGCUGGGCAAAUACACCACGAACUCCAGCGCCGAUCACCGGGUGCAGCUGGACCUGGGGCUAUGGGACAAGUUCAGUGAACUGGCCACCAAGUGCAUCAUCAAGAUCGUGGAGUUUGCCAAGCGCCUGCCGGGUUUCACCACCCUCAGCAUCGCCGACCAGAUCACCCUGCUCAAGGCGGCUUGCCUGGACAUCCUGAUGCUGCGGAUCUGUACGCGCUACACGCCAGAGCAGGACACCAUGACCUUCUCGGACGGGCUGACCCUGAACCGCACCCAGAUGCACAACGCCGGCUUUGGGCCCCUCACUGACCUGGUGUUCGCCUUUGCUGGGCAGCUGCUACCCCUGGAGAUGGAUGACACCGAGACGGGACUGCUCAGUGCCAUCUGCCUCAUCUGCGGAGAUCGGAUGGACUUGGAGGAGCCAGAGAAGGUAGACAAGCUACAGGAGCCCUUGCUGGAAGCGUUGAAAAUCUACGCCCGCCGUCGCAGACCCAGCAAGCCAUACAUGUUCCCCCGCAUGCUGAUGAAAAUCACUGAUCUGCGAGGCAUCAGCACCAAAGGUGCGGAGCGAGCCAUCACCCUGAAGAUGGAGAUCCCUGGCCCCAUGCCCCCCCUCAUCCGGGAGAUGCUGGAAAACCCCGAAAUGUUCGAGGAUGACUCGUCGCAACCGCCCCCGUCGGCAGAGCCCCCCAGCUCUGAGGAGAGCCCUGCCGAGAGCAAGAGCCCCGAGGAGACCCCCUAGCACCCUGGGGAGUGGGGACUGGGAGAAGCCCCAUCCUCAGACACCCCACCCCCUGUCCAACACCCAGCUGGUUCAAACAAGCCACAGCUGCCUUCAAUCUGCCCCCCAUUGCUGGGGGGGGCAGGCAUGGGCUGGGGGGCAGCUAAUGGAGAUUGUCUGUGUGCUGCCUCAGAGGUGUAACUCUUGCCUUAACCUUCUCUUGGGAGAGGCAGUCUGGAGCCUCUCUUUCUCCACCCCCCCCAAGCUUUUUUGUUUGCCAAAGUCUGACUCCAAGCCAAAAAUCUAGUGGGGGCAAGGCCGGGCCAGGGAGCUGCCUGCCUGGGGUGGGGGGCAGAUCCCUGGAAAUGGACCUAGAGGGGUUCAGUGGAACCCCCCCACUCUGUCCCAGCACUGCAAUUGCCCGUCCAGCGGGGGCCGCCCUGGAGCCCAAGAGAGAGAGACUUGGAAGUGAGCCUGGGCUGGGAUGUCGGGGUGUUAUCCCUUCCCUCCCUCCGCAUCCCCAACGAUGCUGCCUCCAGAUUCCCGACUUAAGAUCAAUCAAGACCCUGCCUCCUAAACUGAUGUUCCCCGCUGGAACCCAGGCAUCCUGGACUACUGAUGCAGAUCUCUGAAGCUGUGGAUUGCUGGGGAACAGGUGGGGGUCAGAGCAGCCCCCCCCCCCAGCCCGUGGAAAGCCCAGAACACCUGAGCGUCUUGGAAAAGGAGGCUGAACGGGGGGCCGGGGAGGGGGGACUUUGCCCCAGAAUGGAUGCUGCCCAUCACCCAGUGUCCUGCAGGUUUUGGGGGACGCGGAUCUCAGAGGGGGGCGGCGAGGUCCAAGUUUGGGAGGUUUAUUUUAUUUUAUGUUUUUGUUGUAUAACGUGCUAAUGGUUUGGGAUCAUUCCUUGGCGGUGAGGGACAAGGGGUCACUGUCCCGUCUCCUGGGGCCUCUGCUGGGAUGGGGGGGCCCAGAGACAGGGGUCUGGGUCUGGGUCUGGGUCUGGGUCUGCAGGGCUGUAUCUGGUUUUGCUUUUGAUCCUGUUCAGGUUUGGUGUAGUGGGGCAUCUUUUGCUCUUGACUCUCCCCCCACCCAUAACUUUCAGUUCCAAUCCUGCCCCCAUGACCCCCACUCCUGAUUCCCUAUCCAUAACCCCCGACGCUGCUUCCCAUAGCCUCCUGCCCCCCACGACUAACACAUCUCCCCCCAAUGCCCCUCCUCAGCCUCACCCCUUGGUGCUGAUGAUUUUGGGAACACACAACACUAGAGACCAAAGAUGAGGGGGGCCAUGGGGGCAGGGAUUAGAGGGCAGGAGCUGAUGGGGUCAUAUGGGGACAGGGAGCUGCCACCUUCCCGGGGACUCAGCCCCCGCUCCCACAACAAGGCUGCUCUAUGAUGUAACCAUGGGAAACACCCCCCCCCCGUACCUGUAGGAAAUGGGUGCUGCCCCCAGGGGGCAGCACUGGGGCGGGCCCUUUGCACAUCAUCCCCAGCCGCUUUGGGCCCCAACUGCUCUACAGCACCCCCUAUGGACCAAAGUAGAUAGCACCUCCUCCCUGGACUCCCCCUAUGAUUCCCCCCCAGAUGUUCCCUAGGGCCAGUGUUGUCCCACAAAACCUCCACUCCAAUCCUUGCCUGGGAGAAAAUAUUGUCACCCACACACACCCCUUCAAAGUCGUCCCACAGCUGGGCGGGGGCGGGGGGGGAGCGGUAGCGGUUGAAUCCGCCCUCCCACGCAAUGCACACAGCCCCUGUAGGCUCCCCCUUCCCUCAGCAACCCCCAGAUUUAGGGGAAGGAGUCCGGCAGGGUCCCUGAUCUGUUACACUACAAGAUGGGGCGGGGGAAUCUCCCUCUCCUAAGGCCCCGGUUGGUGCUGGGGCUGCAGUUCCAAACUCCUGCAGCAGGGGGCACUACCACCCUCACAAGCAGGUUCUGCGGCGGGGGGCGGGGGGAGGGUUGGCCUCGUAGCAUGGGGGGGCAAGGGGAGGUGCCCAGACUUUGCCACCUUUGCCAGGUGUCCCAUGCUUAUGACCCUGGCCGGGGGUGAGGGGGCCUGCAAGGGCAGGGUGAGCUGUAGCCACGUGCUGCCCCCUGCAGCCUCUACAGCUCCCCAGCCUGGCAGCACUUUCCCUUUGUUAUUUAUUGGCCUAUCUUUGCCCUGGGAAAUGGACCCAAUUGCCCCCACCCCAACAGAGAGUGGGGCAGGGGGUGCCCCAGGGGUCCCACCCUGGCAUGAGACACAGCCCCCCCCCAAAAUCUCUGCUGCUCCCUGAUCCUGUUGAGCUGCCAAAAAGAAACCCCAGACCUUAAACCAAAGCCAAGGACCCAGUUACGGGGGGAUCUGGGAGGGGGACUUUGCACCCCCCCCACCCCUCGGUCAUGUUUACAGCCAAACUUUACAUGGUAUUUUAAAAGAAAAGCCCCUUUCCCAUUGCCCACCCCCUUGGUGCCCAGCUCUCGCAGAGGGGACUUUUCUAUUUUUGCAAAAUAAAGUGAUGGAAACUCA